AUGCUACCACCCGCCAGCUCCCUGACUGUGCCCAAGGCGCGCGGGAGGUCGCGCUUCUCCAAGGCCCUCCCCGCCGUGCCUACGGGAGAGGAGGAUUCGUCCGACGACGAUGCGCCGAUGGUGACACCACCAGAGACCAUGAACUCUCGUACUCCCCCACUUCUUUCCUUGCCUCAUGCGACGACCCCGACCGGGACAGUCACGACCAACCCCUCCACUCCCACCACUGCACCUUAUCCUCGCCCGCGUCCAUCGCCAAUCAUCCUCGCGACCCCUACAACUGCCACGACCGCGACGAGUACGAGUGGCACGGGUAGUCCAGGUACCGGUGACAAUAUCCCUGACAACCUCCCCGCCCCGCCUCCCCUACGAGACGAGGGCCCCAGGGCCCCCAUUCAGCUGACGCCGCUGCCGCCGCUGCCGGUGGGCAAGUCCCGCGUCGCCGCCGCCGCCAUCAAUGCUGGUAUUACCAAUACCAAUGCCGGCAGCCCGGCCUCUGCCACUGCUGCUGCUGCCUUGCCGGUCUCGACCUCAAACUCGCCUCCUCUUUCACACACUUCGAGUCCACCAAAAAUGGCCAUAAGGAGAAGGCCUGUGGCCGCGAAUAUACACAACAUACUCGCAAAGCCACCGGGAGACGAGGACGAGGACAGCGAGGCCAAGGGUUGGAGAGAAGCUAUACUCGCCAUAGGAAAGGAAUCGUCGCCGGUUCAGGAAUCACUCCCGUCGCUGCCGUCGCUGCCGUCGCUGCCAUCGCUGCCAUCGCUGCCAUCGCUGCCAUCACUAGCGUCGCAGUCGCCUCCGAGGUUGCAGCUGGUGACGCAGAAUAUCGACUUGAAGGAGCCCGAACAAGACCCCACCCCGCCACUGGUACCCCCCAGAUCGGGGAAUCGUACGCCUCGCACUCCCAUCUACGAGACAGCCCAGCAGCCUCAGGAAGGACUCCCACCGAGACGGGAGCAGAAAGAACGGCAGGAACGAGGAGAGGAGCAGGGUGAAGAGGAAGACGAGGACGAGGACGAGGACGAGGACGAAGAAGACGACUUUCACACUGCCAGGAUUACGCGCAGCUCUAAACCCCCCCAACUCAAGCCACUGUCCUGGAUCGACUCGCCCCAGCCAUUCCAAUUUUCCAUGAAAUCCCCAUCGGAGUCGCUGUCGAGCAUCCUGUCGGCCUACUCGCGGAGCUCCACGGCCUCUGUUGUACGGUCGUCCGACGGGACGGCCUACAGCGCAUCCGAGUCACGACCCAUCGAGCCGCCCGCCCACGAGACCGAGGACGUCGACGGGCAGGCCGGCGCGGAAUCGAAGAGGGCCGGUGUGAUAGGAAUAUCAGCCGUAGCUGGCGCAGCAGCUGCGGCAGGCGCAGCGGCAGCCGUCACCGGUCCCCAGUCAAGCACAGUCACCGACAUCAGCAGCCCCGACACCCAUAGGAGUCCGUCCAAGGAUAUAUUCACGUCCAGCCCCGCCAGCAGGAAGCUGCCUGGACUCAUCAAGCGCAAGCCCGCGCCUAACCAGAGGUUGGCCGAACCCGCGCCAUCCGAGACCACGCCGGCGCUGCCCCCCAAGGACAAUAACGACACCCCGCCACUGCGCCCUCCUGUCCCCUCCAAGGACGACGGCGGCGCCCUCCCUCGGGCCCCAGCCGUGCCCUCCAAGGACGACAACGACAACGACAAUUCCAGAGCCGCCGCCGCCGCCGCAGCUGCUGCUGCUACUUUCCCGCUCGAGCGCGCCGCUCCGACGCCGACGCAGUCGCCGACGCGCAGAGAGAUUUGGCGUCGCCGCUCUAACAAGGGCAGCCGCGAACUCCCCGGUCUCCGCCUAGGAUACAGCCACGGGUCGACCGCGUCGACCGCGUCUGCGGCAUCCAGCAUCGCCAGCACCGCCACGAUUACCAGCCAGAAGCCCCUACCGCCCACCAAAGACGCGUCAUCGUCAGCACCGUCGCGGAGCAACGACAGGAACAACAACCAGGCCCCCACGACGGGCACCGUCCUGUCCGCCCAGGAGGACGAGUCAGCCCCGCCCCAGCCGCCUUCCAAGGAUGACAGCCCCGCCAUGGGUCAUGGGACUUCGAAACUGAAGCAGUUCACGUCCAAAUUCCACAUCUCACGGCCUUCGAAGGAUACAACCACCAGCAGCACCAGGUCCAGCAGGUCCAACCAGGUUGAGACGCAUAAGCAGCAGCAGCAGCAGCAGCAGCAGCAGCAGCAGUCGCCAGCACCCGCACGUGCACCGCUCUCGGCCCCGGUGCCGCCCUACCGGCCCCCGACUCCCGAGUACCGCGAGGACGAGAUCGAGGCUGAAGAACUCCCCGCUGAGCCCCCCGUCGUCGUCGCCACCAUUGCGUCCCCGGCCCACUACUCCCCCGAGACGUCUGACGCCGAGGGUCCCUCCGGCAACGGCGGCAAGCUCUUACCCGAACCCCCCACGGAGCAGCGAGCCCCGGCAGCCUCCCCGUCCGCCGUCUCUCCGUCUGCCGUCUCUCCGUCGUCGGCCCUUUCUCCGGGCCAGAUGCGCCUCAGGACCGCCGGCCCGUUACAGGCGGCCCGCACUCCGGGCCUACGCGGCCCACCACCCUACAUGGGUCAGCAGCCGCCAUCGGGACGCAGCUCCCCCGCCUUGAUGGACAUGCCUCCCCCCACGCGUGGUCGUCAGCCCGGUACGCCGGUCGGGUACCCGUCAUCGCGCGCCUCCUCAGCAGCCCGGCCCGGCUCGCGCGGCUCGGUGCGUCCACGCGUGGGCACAGCAGGAGGGGGGGGGCCGCGCUCGUCGUCCCGCCCCAACUCAGAGGUGCGCUGGGUGCAGACCUCGACGGGCGAGAUGCUCUACCGUGGCCGCGACGGAACGUUAUACCCGGAGAUGAAGGAGCCGGAGGGCGAUCCCGACCCGGCGGCCUUGCGGUUUCCGAUGCCCAAGAACACCGCCGUAUCGGCCGUCGACGGCUCUACCGUGUUCAAGCCCGUCCCCCUGGCCGCCUCGCACUUCACAUGCUACCAGAGGCACGCGUCCAUGCUGCGCAGGCAGAACAGGCGGUACCCGCUUGCCUGCCAGACGUGCGACAGGGCGGACACGGAAGACCGGUUCUCGUGCGGGUUCUGCCACCUCCGGAUCUGCCAGUCCUGUCUCCGCCUGUUCAACGAGAAGGGCAGGGAUCUGAAGGCCCUCGUGGACGGGGUUGCCGCAUCUGGCUCCUCUAACCAGGGGGAGGGUGACGUCGCCGGCAGGAACAGGACUAUGAGCUUAUCGUCACCUACCAGAAGGGUCUCGGCCCUGGGUCUUGAUAUGAUGAGUCAGUAA